GCGCGGGGCCUUGCUUCCGCUUUCCGCUGAGGCGCGCGCUUAGUUAUCAGCCUGCUCGGCAACAUGGCGGCUACGGCCACAAUGGCGACCUCGGGCUCGGCGCGGAAGCGGCUGCUCAAAGAGGAAGACAUGACCAAAGUGGAAUUCGAGACGAGUGAGGAGGUGGACGUGACCCCCACGUUCGACACCAUGGGCCUGCGGGAAGACCUGCUGCGCGGCAUCUACGCCUACGGUUUUGAAAAACCAUCAGCAAUCCAGCAGCGAGCUAUUAAGCAGAUAAUUAAAGGGAGAGAUGUCAUUGCACAAUCUCAGUCUGGUACAGGCAAAACAGCCACCUUCAGUAUUUCUGUCCUGCAGUGUUUGGAUAUUCAGGUUCGUGAAACCCAAGCUUUAAUCUUGGCUCCAACGAGAGAGUUAGCUGUACAGAUCCAGAAGGGCCUGCUUGCUUUGGGUGACUACAUGAACGUCCAGUGCCAUGCCUGCAUUGGGGGCACCAACGUGGGGGAGGACAUCAGGAAACUGGAU